GCUCAAUCCAAUCCAAUCAGUCCGUUGCUUGGAUCCAUCCAUCCCCUCCCCACCAAAUACCGUCGAUCUCUAUUCACCUCUCCCAAAGUCUUCGUCUGGUCUUCUCCACCUCGACGCAGACAUGGCCGCCGCCGCCGCGUCGGAUCUGGAGAGCAAGGCCAAGGAGGCCUUCGUCGACGACGACUUCGAGCUGGCCGCCGAGCUCUACACCCAGGAGGCUGUAGCUGAUGCCAACAAAGCAAUUGAACUUGAUCCUUCGAUGCAUAAAGCAUACCUUCGGAAGGGCUCUGCUUGCAUCAAGCUGGAGGAAUACCAAACUGCAAAGGCUGCUCUUGAAGUGGGUUCUUCUUAUGCAUCUGGUGACUCGAGGUUUACUCGUCUGAUGAAGGAGUGUGAUGAUCGUAUUGCUGAGGAGGCUAGCCAGGUGCCAGUAAAGAAUGCCGCUGCGGCUGUUGCUUCAGCUACAUCUUCGGGGGCAUCUUCCGGGGCUACAACUGUGGCUACUGAAGCUGAGGACCAGGAUGGCGCAAAUAUGGAGAAUGCACAGCCAACGAUAGAAGUGCCAAGCAAGCCCAAAUACAGGCAUGACUACUACAAUACUCCUACAGAAGUGGUACUGACUAUAUUUGCUAAGGGUGUUCCAGCUGACAGCGUGGUUGUUGACUUUGGUGAACAGAUGCUGAGUGUCUCAAUUGAACUUCCCGGUGAGGAACCAUACCAUUUUCAGCCUCGUCUGUUUUCAAAGAUCGUCCCAGAUAAGUGCAAGUAUACUGUGUUGUCUACAAAGGUUGAAAUGCGCCUUGCAAAAGCUGAGCCAGUAACUUGGACAUCAUUGGAUUAUACUGGUAAACCAAAGGCUCCUCAGAAGAUAAAUGUACCAGCUGAAUCAGCCCAGAGGCCAUCUUAUCCAUCAUCAAAAUCCAAAAAGGACUGGGAUAAGCUUGAAGCUGAAGUGAAAAAACAGGAGAAGGAUGAAAAACUUGAUGGCGAUGCUGCAUUGAACAAAUUUUUCCGUGAAAUUUACAGUGAUGCUGAUGAAGAUAUGCGUAGAGCAAUGAUGAAGUCUUUUGUGGAGUCUAAUGGAACCGUUCUCUCAACCAACUGGAAGGAUGUCGGGAAAAAGACGGUUGAAGGAAGCCCUCCUGAUGGAAUGGAGCUCAAGAAGUGGGAGUAUUAAUGAAUUCAGAUCAUCCAUGUUGUAAAUCCUGGUCGGGUCGUGAGUGUUAACUUGGCUGCAGACUUGCAAAUCAGUGUCGGUCGGAUUAUUGUGUGUUGCUCUUGAUUCUGUUUCCGUAUUUGUAAGCUGUUUGCGUGGCAGGUUAGCUUUUAAGUACUUAUCCUAGUUUUGCGAGCUACAGUUGGUAAUAGAGUAAGCCAUACCUGUGCAUCUGUGGUAUGGAAGUGCAAAACGUCCGUUGUAACUGGUGCCAAAACUAUCAUCUGUGAAACGGUGCUAUUUUUUGUCUGAA